CAAUAUUUCUGUAUUUGUAUUUUAUUUUCACGGCUGCUUGGUACAAAAUGAUGAAACUAAAAUUCUACGACGGCAGCCAUUGUUUAUGACCAUCAUAACUAAACUUCCGGUUUCAUUUUUCAUUUAUCUAAACACACGUUCUCUGCAUGGCAUGCUUGUAUUUCAUUAAUAAGAUCGAAUGCUCUUUGACAACGUUAGGUUGGAAAAGUCAAAAGUGAAACGUAUAAGUGAGGCGAACUGUUAAGAGUUUUGAGCUAUUGUUAUCACUAUGGAACAGGAAGAUGAUAGGCUCACUGUUCCUGAGGGUUGGAAAGACGAGCCUUUCACACGUGAGGAUAACCCUCGAGGUUUAUUGACAGAAAGUUCAUUCUCUGUGCUGUUUCCAAAGUACAGAGAGAGUUACCUGUCCAAGACGUGGCAGCAGGUGAAAAGCACUCUCAGCGAACAUGGCGUGGAGGCGGAAAUGGACCUCAUCAAGGGCAGUCUCUCCGUCCGCACCACCCGGAAAACGUUUGAUCCGUACAUCAUCAUCAAAGCCAGAGACUUGAUAAAUUUGCUGGCUCGCAGUGUGGAUCUAGAGCAAGCGAAGCGAGUUCUUGAGGACGACGUUGCUUGUGACAUUAUCAAAAUUGGCUCCAUGGUGUCGAAGAAAGAGCGCUUUAUUAAACGCCGGAAGAGGUUAAUUGGGCCCGGCGGGACCACACUGAAGGCUAUGGAGUGUCUGACCGACUGCUAUGUUGCGGUUCAGGGGAACACCGUGGCUGCGCUCGGUCCCCACCGCGGACUGAAGGAAGUUAGGAAAAUCGUGGAAGACUGCAUGAACAAUAUCCACCCGUUUUUCACUAUCCGCACGAUUAUGGAGAAGCACGAUCUUGCCAAAAACCCAGACAUGAAAAACCAGAACUGGGCUCCGUAUCUCCCGCAGUAUAAGAGCAAGAACAUAAGUAAACGUAAACAGCCGCUGAAGAAAAAGACAAAGAAGACAUACACACCAUUCCCACCCCCACAGCCAGAGUCGAAGGUGGAUAAGGAAUUGGCUACCGGGGAGUAUUUCCUGAAGGAGGAGGAGCGUCAGCAGAGAAAGACGGAGCUAAAGAAGCAGAAGCAGAAACAGGCGAAACAAGAUCGGCAACAGAAGAGGGACAAGUCGUUCAUUGCUCCCGAGGAGGCAAAGGAACCCCCAAAGAAAAAGUCAAAGGGGGAUGGGGAUUCGAAAGUAGAUUUGAAAAAACUGAAGCAGAAAUUUAGCAAAAUCUCCAAAAAGAAAACAUAGAGGAAAGUGUCUUUUGUGGAUUUGUUGAUGUUGGCUCUUCAAAAAUUUGUUCAAAAUUCCUUGACAUGACCAAUUUUUCUGUUAUUUAUAUCAGUUAAGGUCUACGUUUCAGUCAAAGACUAUCGUUCAUUGUGUACACAAUGUGAGGUUUAUCAAUCAUUGUUGUUGAAGUUUGAUGACUGGUGUUGUUUUACAUUACAAGGGACUACACAGCAGGUCUGGAGGUAAAGUGCCCAGUCACUGCAAAUCAUACACAUGGUCAUGUAUAAUUAUAAACAUCAGAAAGCGUCCUAGUUUGUUUUUUUAAAAGCCCCCCCCCAAAAAAAAAUGUUUUUUUUAAACAUACAUUUUGUACUAGUUGUUUAGAACUGGUGUGUAAUUAAAGCUGCACUUGAUUGUUGCAAGGUCUACAAGUAUCAAAAGUUGAGAUCGAUGCCCUUUCCUGGGAAACCUGACAUAUUCUACAACUCGAAAUUUCAAGUAGCGGCAUGCUUUGGGUAUAGGAUGAUUUGAUUUUUUUUAGUGAAAAACAUUUUUUGGUGCGUCUUUCUGCUGGGCAGUGUAAAGAUAGGCUGUUGUAAUUAACUCUCAUUCUAGUCUGCAGAAUGUAUUGUUAGCCCAGAGGCAUGCAAAAGAAUAUACACUUGAAUUCAUGCUUAGGAGCAUGUAUUAGAACAAGUUAAAAGCAUGCAUGAUGUUUCAUAUUUAUAAGGUCCAUGAAAUAUUUACUGGUUUAGAUAUUAUUGUUACGACUGUCAUUGAUAGUAUAGUGUCUUAUGUUCCUCUUCUUUCUGCUGGUGAUUACUUGUCUUGGGUGAGGUGGUAGUGUUUUGUUUGCUGUAAAUAUAUGAUAUUAAAAUUUUGAUGAAAACUUU